CUCGCCGUGCGGUGCGAGCGCGGAUUGUUGUCUAGCGCGCCGUCGUAUCAUACGUCUACCCCGCCGUCGCGUUGCGGUGCUGUACGUGCGGCCGAGGUAAACAAAGGGACCGACCCGGCGGCGUUCUUCCCCGGGACGCGCGCCUACUACUUGCUUGCGCUGCGGUACCGGUCGUGGGGGGGAGUUCCGUGGCUCCCGACGAACGCGAGCGGGACGUCGCGACUCGCUAUGGUUUGUCCCGCGGGCCAUGGACCAAGCGGGCGAGCCCGAGGUGCACCACGUCUGGGCGAAGGCGGUGACCGCGGACGCAUCGUGCGACCAACAACUCAUCGAGUCCUCCGCUGCAGUCGACGAGGUCCUCUUGCCUGUCGAGGAUUGCGGGCCCUUUUGCAAGAUCUGUCACAUGCCGGCUCGAGACGAUGACCCGCUCAUAUCGCCCUGCCGGUGCUCUGGCACUGUGCAGUACAUCCACUGCGGCUGCCUCACGCGCUGGCUGGAGAUACUGAGCAAGAAGUCCCGGAAACCGCCAAGCUGUGAGCUCUGCCAGUACCAGUACCAGUGGCACAAGAAGUUCCGCGCCGGCGGUUCGUGGCGCCUCCCGCCAUGCUCGCCGCGCGACAAGGUCCUCCACAGCGUCUUCCUGCUGGCAGUGGUCGUCAUGGUGGCCUGCGCCACCGUCACCAUCGUCUGCUUCCGCCAGGAUCCACCGGCGUCGUCUUCUUCUCCUUCUUCUUCUUCGACGACGACGAUGACGGGUCGUCGAAGCGACCUGACCCACUCGGAGCUGGUGACGCUGGUGUGCGGGGUGCUCUUUUUUCUGGCCUUCUUUGUGGCCAUGUAUGUGGAGGUCACCGCCCGCAGCACCCUCUACAGGCUGCUCCUGCGGUUCGUCUAUCUCAACCAGCAGUGGUACAUAGACGAGUACGACGCGAAGCGCGGACCGGUGGCCGUCUGAUCUGACCUCUUGUCUCGGAGUAGUACGCUUGCAACGAAGCUUGCGGCGGGGGGGGGGAGGCUUCCUCUUGAUCUCUGCGAGUGUGGCAUCUCGCACACAAACACACACUAACACAAACUCUCUUUCCUGUGUGUUAUGGUAUUACGUGCCGUUUGCAUUUGAAAAUGACAAAGCCGUUUCACCAUUACCUGCGGUAUAAGGCAGUGUGUGCCUGUUUUUGUAUUGUACUUGUCAUGUUUGUGCCAUCUGCUGCCUCUUUUUACGUUGGAAGACAUUCUACAGCCAAGCAGUCUUAGCAUUGCCCGAAAUGCAACGUGACGCGUGUUUGUUUCUGAAAGGUGUCUACGACGUUUGUGUUUCUCGCUCGUCUUUAGUGUCACGCCGUGAAUGUUACACGAGCUGCAGUCCCGAGCACAUCCGUUAAUUGCCAAGGGCUGGCCCUGUACAUCUUACAAUCACAGCUCUAGGGACAGUUUGCUGACACAUGCAAAUACGCAUGUGUUGUUUUCUGGUUAAUUAAUGGGCUUAAACACUCCAGGCUCAGGCUCCAGGCAUAGGCUUGGUGUCAGGAGAUGCACAAUUGCACAGGUUAUGCUGCAUCGAUUCAUCAUAAAGGUGUGUUGCUUUUCUUACCUCAAGUGCAAGCUGCCGUUGAAGCCCAAAACUGGCACUUACUUUAUCCCACCUAACUCCAUAAUGCUUCAGUGUUCGUUAAGUAGUCGUCCGCUCUACCACGCCAUCAAUCAUGGUAAUAUGGCUAAAAAAUUAGCAAUGUUGUUUUAUCUUGAUGAAAAAAAGACAAAUUGCACAUUAAGGGCAGCAUGCCCAAGGAGGCCUUUCUAGAUGGCACUUAUUUGCACUGGAAAAUUAGAAAAUACAAAUCAGCAACAAGUGGGUAAAAAAAAAGGGGGGGGGGAUGGGUUGGAGAGGACAUUUGAUAAACGCUUUGUUCGGAAAAGGCCGCUUAUGCAUUCCAUACUGUACUACAUGGAUUGCAGCUGGCUUUGAGAAGGCACACUUGUCGUGUGGCACACAAACUGUCUCGUUGUGUAAGCAGCUGAAGACCUUUGGCAUAUUUUUGAUUGAUUGAUUUAUUCAUUGAUUGACCAGGCAUCCAGUGACAGCGGAACCAAAGCGAAUGUUUGUGUUCGGGCAACAGUGUGCCUUCCAACAGUUCACCUUUUUUUCAGUUUCAUGCGCUGCCCUUUGCCGUUGUGGUAGUGGGGGGUGGAGCUUUGCGGGGUGAUUAGGGACAGCCGGAAUCACCAGAAAGCAAAGCCUCCGAGAUCGAAAGACGUGCAGGAAGCCUAGCACAGCGUUUCGAGACUCUCCCACUAGGGGAAGGGUGCGUGCGCCGUAGCACCAUGGAAAAGGCAGAUUGAGCCCAUGCACGCAGCAGUCACUGACUUUUGGCUGGCAACUAGACGUGCUUGCACAGGUGUAAGCAUUUGCAUGUUGCUACCUUUCAAGGCAGCUGCUUUGACAGUGCUGGCACUGGCACACCUGUUCUGCUCUCAGAGCUGAAGGACUAAUGCAUCACGCUGCACAACUUCUUUUUUUGAGUUCUUCGACGAAGAGAGCCCAGAUUCACGAAUCUCCAAUGCUUGGAAAGAAGAGUGAAACAGAAAAUGGAGGCAUCGAGCUCAAUGCGUCAAUGCAAGAAAAUGCUUUAGGAGUGACAACUGGCCCCGAGAUGCACAGUCACACAUAGGCCCGGUGAUUUUAUUUAUACAUCAUUAUGUUCUCUUUUGAGUGCACGUAGACAAAAUGCGAAGGCUAUUAACAGAACUGCUUGUAUAGAUCUGAUGUUUUCUCAUCAUUGUGAAGACGGAUAUUGAAUAUUUUUUGACGUGCUGCUUUUUGUUGUGAAUUUCUGUUUAGUCGUAAUUUAACUGUUCGAGUCUCUGAAACACUUCGUGGCGAAGCAAACACACUGCGAAGAAGCUUGCAAAGGUGUGAUGGGCCCAGAAAACGUAGUUAAAUCCUUGUGUUCCUGACUUGGUGCGUUGUUUGCAUUCCAGUAUCAUUGAAUACUUAUCGAGUCAUUUACAAAGCCAAGUAUGCAGCGAUGUGGAAGACAAGUCUCUUAUGUCAUGGCCUCAGUCGCGUGUAUGCAACAGCACGGAACGCUGUGCCAAUGCGAGCGCCUGUGCCGUGAUGGUCUGUCUCGCAUCAGUCUGUCAAGACGUCUAUACGAGAACUGCUCUCAGACUAUGUCACGUGAUUGGCCAGGGGUGGACCAAUCACGUGAGAUCGGCCAACUGGCUGGGAGAUGAGCAAGUCGAAGUUCUUCGGUCGCUCAAAAGGAGGGAGCUGCUAGCUUCAUGUUACGAGAUGGCCGAGAUCUACAUUGCGACCUUCGGCAGCGACUCUCUCAGCAUAAGGUUAACCAAUCCUUUUGAAUCGAAAGUGUCGGAUGCGACCUCAAGAGCGAGAAACACAUUGCAGCCAUGUUUUGAGCACCUAUUAAAACUAAUUAAACAAACAUCAGUCAAGUAGGCUUAACAUUUGUGAUGUAGGCUUAAUCAAGGAAGUAUGACACAUUAGACUUAACCAAUAAACCAAUAAAAUCAUCUGCCACUUC